AUGCCCGCGCCAGCUGCUCCGGAACAACCUCAAGAGGAACCAAAUUGUGCCACACUUCCUACUUACUACUAUACUAGCAGUUAUUCGGAUGUGCCUAAUUAUUCAACGAGACCACAAAAUAUAAGUCAUCAAAAUCAAAGAGAAUCGAAAAUUUACGAGAAUUUAAUUAUGGAAAUAACAGCAGAGCAUCAACAGCAGGAUUCAGAUUCCAGGCACGAUUCUUCUCACACUAAUACACAAAUAGAACAUUUGAAAAUUGAUUCACAGAAACAGGAAAGGCUUCAAUUUGAUUCUAAAUUUUUGGAAGAAGUGGGAAGUAACGAUAAUAAAAUUGGUGUCGUCUAUCGACAGAUGAAUGGUCAUGAAGCGAAUGUUAUUACUGUCAGUAAAGAAAAUACUCAAAAAAAUCGUUUGAAAAUUGGUCAAGUUUCUAAUGUUCAAAAAUUUCAAAAUGAAGUGCAGCCAAAUGCAACAAUGGAAACUCGAGUUGCAGGGCAAGGACAGCCCAAAAGAAUUGGCCGAUGGACACUGGCUCAAUUGCGUCAAACUGAUGGUAUUAUUCCAUCCCAAGCUGGGUGGAACAAAGGUGAUUCACAAAAGUUAAUGACCAAUUUUGGAACACCAAGAAAUACUCAAACUAAAGUGAAAUCUGAAAACCUUGCGGAGAUACCGGAAGAUAUUCUGAUGAGAACCCAUGGUGAGGUUCGUUUGCAAUCCGGUACAAACAAAUUCGAUUCACAACGAGGUAUGACCGGUUUCGGUACAGGUCGUGAUGUUUGUCGAGAAGGUGUUCAUGUAAAUCAGGCACCAUCAGAUCUACAGCCACUUGACGAGGAAAAGAUUCGUCUCAGCGAUGGUAUUGUUCGUUUACAAGCGGGUACCAACAAAUAUGAUUCACAAAAGGGUAUGACCGGUUUUGGUACAGCUCGACGUGAAACGACAAAAAUGAAAGACACGAGACAUCCGGAAUACGAUCAUGAACAUCCCGAUCAAUCCGAAAUUCCACUUCAAGCCGGUACCAAUAAGUUUGCUUCGCAGAAGGGAAUGACCGGAUUUGGCACAGCACGACGUGAAACGACGAAAAUUCGAGAUUCGGCUCAUCCUGAAUAUGAUCCGGAGAGUAGUAUCGAUUCCACCACAAUUCCCAGUCAAAUGGGUAGCAAUAAAUAUGCUUCUCAGAAGGGUAUGACUGGUUUCGGACAACCACGCUGGGAGGUGUUGGAUCCAUCAAUCUCGUGGCAGAAUCGUAAAAGUCAAGGAAUGGUUCGUUUACAAUCGGGUACAAACCGAUUUGCAUCUCAACAAGGUAUGACUGGUUUUGGUACACCACGUAAUACUACCUAUGAAGCAGAAGCCGGUGAAUUGCCUUAUGAGGAUAUGAAGAAAUCGGAAACGAUAAUUCCAUCACAAGCUGGUUGGAAUAGAGGCGAUUCUCAGAAAGGUAUGACUGGAUUCGGUGCACCACGUGACGUGAAGGGCAAACAUCUGAAACGUAUCUGGGAACUGGAAUAUCCGGAAGAGGCGGAGAUUUCCCUCGACCGACUCUAG